GAUGUCUGAGAGGAGUAGAGAGUAGGUUCGGGGAGGGGAGUCUGCUCAUUAUGUAACUGCCGUUUGGAAAAGUGUUUUCGCGCUCAGCUUUCGGAGUCUGACAUUCCUACAGUUCCAUUGGGAUUCGGUUAGACAACACAGCGAGAGCAGAUCACAGAGAAACAACGUGCGCAGAGUACGUGCUCAUCCUCAUCCUGUCAUAUCGCAUGUCGCACUUGUGUAGGAUCUAACAAGGGUUUUAUACAAGAGAAUGACUUUAGUGAGAAUCCGUUUCCGGCAUUCAGGUCUCAUGGAAAACAGUGCCGUUUAUGUAAAGUUUUCUAAAGAGACAUGCCAACUGAAUUCCCCAUCAGACAAACUGAAGCAAGAGUUGGAACAAGAGUUGAAAUUAAGCAGCUGUAACUUAUCAAGUCAUGGCUGGUACCAUGGUCGCAUACCUUGGGAGGUUUCUGAGUCUCUUGUGCAACGGGAUGGGGAUUUUCUAGUCCGUGACUCCCUCACUAGCAUUGGAGACUAUGUCUUAACCUGCUGCUGGAACCAGAAAGCUCUUCAUUUCCUCAUCCACAAGGUUCUGUUCAGAUCUUAUGAGACAUAUAUUCGUGCACAGUACUUUCUGGAGGAGGAAACGUUUGAUUCUCUGCCAGCACUUGUUCAUUCCUAUGUUGGAAAUAAAAGGCCUCUGACAAAGCAGAGUGGUGCCUACAUUUACUCACCAGUUAACAGCACACUUCCACUAAGAUACCUAGAAACCAUGUUUGGGCUUCCAAGUGUGGAAAACAGCCCAGUAAACUCACCAACCAGACAGAAGGGAAGCCAAAAGAAGAGGGAAAGCAUAACUGUGACAGAGGCUUUGGAAAUUGAGCUGAUAAGACCACAGAGUGAUGUUGUGAGGAGUUUUGAAGGUACCAUAGAGCAGCGCCUUGUGGUGUCAACUUCCCCUAUAAUAAUGAGCACAUUAGCCAGGCGGCGACAGAGCCCCUCUGAAAACAGGAAGUUUGUGAUAGUUCCUUCAUCACCUGUUCUCCAAAAGUCCAGUGAAAUACGGCUUUGUUCAUCUCCCCCUGAAAACACUCUCAUAUAUUUGGAGCCAACAGUACAUCUUCUGUCCUCCAUGACACAUUCCCAUCAAAACAACAGAGAAGCAAACCAUGCCCAAAAUAACCCAGCAAUUUCUCAGGCUGACCCUGUGGCUACAAAUCAUCCCUUUGUAAGACAUGAAAUGCAGACUUUGGAUUGCAGAGAGGAGUACGAUGAGGAUUAUUUAGUGCCUUUCACCAUGGACACAGAUUCCUGUUUCAAACCUAGUGUGUACCAGUCACCACUGAUGCCCCCAGAAAAUAAACCUUUGGAGACCAGAAUACUGAAAAAAGUGAAGGAUGUCCUGUUUGAAGUUGAUAUAAAGACAUUGGCAAUGCAUAUCACCAAAGUUGACUGCAUGGUUGCUCGAAUUCUGGAUACAUCUGAUGAUAUGAUGAAAGGGAUGAGGGUGAGUUCAGGACUGGAGCUGCUUACCCUCCCACAUGGACAUCAUCUCCGUCAAGAUCUGCUUGAAAGGUUCCACACCAUGUCCAUAAUGCUGGCUGUUCAGCUGCUGGGCUGCACGGGCAGCGCUGAUGAAAGAGCCACCCUGCUGCAUAGAGCCAUCUGCCUGGCCUCUGAACUCAAGAGCAGUUUGGGCAAUUUGUUUGGCUUUGCCACAGUUAUGAAAUGCCUUGAAUUACCACAGAUUGCUCGCUUGGAUGAGACAUGGACAGUUUUACGUCAGAAGUACACAGAAAGUGCUGUUCUUUAUGAGAAAGCCCUUAGACCCUCAAUUUGGACGAUGAAUGAUGAAGAGAUAAGUAGACCCACAGACACAACUUUUCCCCAUGUGCUCCCUCUGCUGUCUCUUCUUGAAAGAAAUGUUGUGGCUCUUGAGGAGUCAGAGUCAUGGGAAAGUGCAGACACUGGAGUGGCCAUGGUCUUGAGCCAUCUGGAUGCUGCACGUGCGAUCGCAUGCAAUGGGAGGAUCUUCAGUGCAAAUGCAGAGGCUAAACUGCAGGGAUUUCAAGAGGAAGCAGAUGUUUGGGAGGUCUUCCUCACAGAGUUUCAGAUGCGUCUCCUGUGGGGAAGCCGUGGAGUGGAAAGAAAUAAAGAUGAACGUUAUUCAAAGUUUGAUGAAGUGCUAACAGCUCUGUCCAACAGGCUUGAGCUUUCCGACUCAGCAAAAUGACAGAAUGGAUGACUGCUAGUCACAUACUAUUUUCAGAAUAUCCACUAUGUUUUAUGAAUUUAUUUAGUUAUGUUGAUUUUUUUUUUUGUUCAUAGGUUUAUAAAGGAGAUGUAUGUCUGCCACUGUAUAUAAACUCAACAUAUCUUGCCAUUUUAACUUAUUUGAUUUUCAAUGUUAUUAUUUACAUAGUGUACAUAAAAUCCAUACCCAAAGUUGUAUUUUCAAGACAAAAUAACCUUAACCGUGCUAAUAUUGUUAACUUUGAACUCUGAAGUAUGUGUUUAAUUGCACUGUUAUUGGUUCUUAUAAUCAAUAAUGACCAGAUAAUGGGUAAUAUUUACUCGUUGGUGCACGUUUUGGAGAUUUUAAGAUGAUAUAUUUAACUCUACUAUUUCAUACUUACAUCAUUUAAAAAUAAAUUCAGAGCUGAUUUAUUCUUUGGUUUUCUUCCAUUUAAGUUACUGUGGUGUAUGUUUCCAAGUGAAAUGUUUGUUUAUCUUAUUUAUUGCCAUGCAUUUACUGAUUUGAAAUUGUAGUGUAUGUACUUUGAUACUAGUCGCCACGUCAUAGUAAAGUAAAUCUUGGGUCAAGU